UUCCUUCCAGUAAGCAACAUCAAAUGAUAUGAUGUAUAUCACCUCCUGAGGAAAAGUGGUAUUCUUUUGUCCUGCUUUAUUUAGGAAUGGAUUAUGCAAGAGGUGACUGCAUGACCGCGUUCACCUUUCAGUCCGUCCAUUACUGCCCAUACAGCAUUUUUUUAUAGCAGGAAGUAUCCAAAACUGUUGGCCACCAACCAAACCCCAAAUAACUCCCAGUCAAUGAGAAACAGAUAGCUGAUGAGAGAGGAUAGCUUUAUUGCAUCUGAUUCAGAUUUGUUUGUGAAGGCAUAUAAGAGCUGCAGCCGGUUGGAUGAAAGACUGGUGGAGCUGUUUGAGUGGUGACAGAUUUCUCAUUAGGUAACCUUGUAUCUAAACUGGAAUCUCAUCCAGCAGAAUUGUGGGUAAAAGCUCUCUUGAGAUAAGCAGUUGGUGUUGUCUGUAAAUAAGGAUGGUGGUGGCUCACAAUUCCCAGUGUCCAGUUUCAGCCUUACAGAAGUUAGAUGCUUUGAGUGCCACAGAAUCCAAAAGGCAUUGUAGAAUCCCGGGGAAAGUCACCUCUGACCUUUUCUGACAUUUAAACGUGAAGUCCUGAUGGUAUUUAGAGGUGUGAAACUUUAACUUCAGCAAGCAUUAGAUUGCAUGUUGUCCAUUAGGCCAUCUGGAUUGGUGCUUUUUCAAACUGGCCUCAACAGUAGCCACAAGCUUGUUAGUUCAACACUUGAUUGUGAUGCCAUCGUUGAUGUUUCCCAUUCAAGGAAAUCUAAACUGCAAUUCAUACUUCCCCUAUGCUUGACACACAACGUCGCCAUUGUGAACACAGUACCACUGUACUAGUGCUCCUAUCGCUGCUAGAACCAAAUCAUAGUGAAAAAUGAACACUCAGAAAAAUUUCCUUUAAGCAAAAAUCAAUAUUGACUGGACCAAAGCUCUGAAAAAAACUGUCUAACCAGCAGGCAAGCGUCGCAUAGCUCAGAUCAGUGUUUGCUGUGCCGAAACAAAUGGAUUUUUUCGAGUGUUGCUGCAAACUUAAUGUCAUUGCUGUUUUUCCUGCCUCGUGUCACGUUGAGAAUUCACACCAUUUCUGCUCCCACUGAAACAUUAAAGGCUUUACGAUAACACGAGGGCCUGUAAAUGGUAACUAUCAUACCAUUUAUAGUUGGUAUAUGAUGCUGCAACAUCCUGCACUAAUUAAAUGUGCAAGCAUGUGUUGUAGAUCCACUUCUUUUAGAUGAAAUCACUCAUUUAAAUGCACUGUCAAUUAAAUUCACUUUAUUUCACCAAGAUAGUCCCAACAUGCUACUUUCUAGUAAGUCAUUGAAAUUCUUUAUAAAGUCUUCUCAGCAAAGAGAAUUGCUUUUGUGUAGCUCUGUUAUUACCAAAACCUUGACUCAAGGUUAUAUUACAUUAUGUCAACAAUACUGUUGAUACUUUAACUUCUGCAGUGACAUUUCUCCUCUAUGGAAAGUAUAUAAAUGCUCGUUUUUGUCAAUAUUUAGUGGCCUCAUGAUGAGCUUAAUGCAGUCUAUAAAUCACUCGCAUUUCUCUGGUAUUUCACUACAUCAUCUAUGGUUAAAGUGGGCUCCGCUGUGGCCGCCGAACAUCCACUCACUGCCCGGCCAGAAGCAUCACGUCGUCGGUUCCCCCUUUAAAGGAGCCCCGCCCCGAAAUCAGUCGAUCAAAUUCAACAUCGCACUCACCAGCGUCUGACCAAUCAGCGCCCAGAGGGGGUGGUCUCGAGACGGUGGUCCGUGAGGGCGAUAGCCAAUGAGAGCCCGAGCUGGUCGGACAAAGGGCUCGCGUCAACGAUCGUUGGUCGCUCGAACGGCGCAUUAUUCAUGUCCACGCGGAGCUUAUUUAAGGAGACGCGAUGAGGCGAGAUAGCGGAUGCUUCAUAAAAGCCUCACCUAGAGACCUCGCCAGGGUGGCGAAGAGAGAAGUUUAAACCCCCGUUCGAGACGGCUGAUCCGAAGACUGACGGUCCUACACCUCGCCUUCGCUGUCUUUAGUUGUUUUAAUUGUUUUGGUUUUUUUUGUGAACUUAAGCUCCGACUUCAGUGAAGUUUUUCUGCUCGUAAGAGAGGACAACACAUUAAAGCCGGCAUCAUGACUCGGAGAUCCUGUGCCAUUUACGCCACCGGGAUCGUGUGCGCUCACCUCCUCAUAGUGGGGAUCGCCCUGGUUGUGGCUCAAGUCUUCCAAACAAUGAUCCACAGCCGGUUAAAAAAGGAAAUUACUUUGACGGAGAAGAGCCAAGUGUUUGAGUCAUGGAAGAAUCCUCCUCCACCUGUUUAUAUGGAGUAUUACUUCUUCAAUGUGACCAAUCCAGAGGAGUUCUUAGCAGGCGGCAAGGCAUCUGUCAAACAGAUCGGACCCUACACUUACAGGGAGUACAGGCCAAGGGAAAAUGUCACUUUCCUGGAGAAUGGCACCAAGAUUUACGCCCUGAACCCCAAAACUUUUGUGUUUGUGCCCGAGAAGUCAGCUGGUGACCCCACGGUUGACAUCAUCAGGACUGUCAACAUCCCGUUGGUGGCGGUGAUGAACGAGUUAUCGACCUACUCCUUCUUCCUGCGCACGGGUGUUUCUAUAUACUUGAAGAGCCAGGGCAUCGAGCUGUUCUUUACCCGCACCGUCCAUGAGGUUCUGUGGGGCUUCGAAGACCCUCUUCUCACCAAGAUCAACUCCAUUAAGCCUGAAGUGGAUAAACACUUUGGGCUGAUGUGGAAGAAAAACGGAACCCAUGAAGGAGAGUUUGUGUUCCACACCGGCGAGGAGAACUACUUGGAUUACGGCAAGAUCGACACGUGGAACGGCCUGAGGGAGAUGUCGUGGUGGUCUUCCAAUCAGAGCAACAUGAUCAACGGUACGGACGGCGCAGUCUUCCACCCUCUGAUCAACAGGAAUGAGCUGCUUUACAUCUUUGCUGCUGAUCUCUGCAGGUCAAUCCAUCUAGCGUACGUGGAAGACGUGGACGUGAAAGGCAUCCAGGCUUACCGCUUCGCACCCCCCAGUGACGUACUCAUGAGCCCUAAAGACAACCCCAGUAACGCGGGCUUCUGCGUGCCAGCUGGAGACUGUCUCGGCACCGGGGUGCUUAAAGUCAGCGUUUGUCGAGAAGGCGCUCCCAUCGUGGUUUCUUUCCCACACUUUUAUCAAGCUGACCCCAAAUACAUCGAAGCCAUCGACGGGCUCCACCCCAACAAGGAGGAACACGAGACGUACCUCGACCUGCAGCCGACCACAGGGGUUCCCAUUCGUGCCUGCAAGAGAGCUCAGCUCAAUAUCAUUCUGAAGAGAGUUCAAGGCUUCCCCAAUACCAAGUUCAUCAACGAGACCAUUUUCCCCAUCAUGUUCGUCAACGAGACGGCAACUAUUGACGAUGAUUCAGCAGCCCAGAUGAGGACGUUGCUCUUAAUCGUGACUCUUGUGUCAAACUUCCCCUUGCUCAUUGUGGGUUUGGGUGUCAUUCUGCUGCUGGUCCUUGUCGUCUUGUUCUGCCGAAACCGCCAGAAGAAGAAUGAAGUAAAACGUAUUGAUUUUACUGAAGCUUUUCAUUCUUUUACUACGGCAAAAGACGACACGGCCUACACUCAGGUCAGCGACAAGCCCGAAGAGUCGUCAGAAACGCCGGCCAGUCAGCCAAUGAGGAACGGCUCCUACAUUGCAAUGUCUCCAGUGGAGGCCCAGAAGUGUUGAUCGAGGAUCUCCUCCCUAAGUCUGGAGCUCAGGAAGGGGGCUGAGGGAGCAGUGCGGGGGUGCUACAUUACCACGGGUGGGGGUUUA